CGGUUACGAGCGGGAACUGCAAGAGUAUUUAAGGCAUUCUUUCAAGUCUUAAAAUUAGACGAAAUCAAUCAAUCAAAAGCGAAUAGCUGGCGGUAAUUAUUUGAACAUAAAUUAGGCCAUAAAGGUCAGUCAAACGCCAUGGGCAACGGAUGUUCCAAAUGCUGUACGUGUCAGUGCAACGAACAUAAACAGCUCAACGGCACGCUGUCCUCGGCCUCGUCCGUCUACAGGAAAAGGAGCCGGGGUGAGAUACCCAUUGAGAACUCCGAUCGCUUUCGGAUAACACAAACCAGCAAUGCCGUUCAGCUCGCCGUGGAGCAUGUGCAGCGGGAGGAUGCAGGACAUUACACGCUGUUCGCACGAACGAAAAGCAACGAUGUGGUGCGCAGGCACGUCGAACUCAUUGUCGAGGACAGAUCGACCGGAGACGAUCCGCCUGUGUUCCUGCGGCGCCUGGUCGAUCUCUCCGUCAAAGUGGGCACACGAACUCGCCUCCUCACCGAAAUACGCAGCUCAACAGAUCUAAAGCUAACAUGGUAUAGAAACGACAGGAGAGUGUGUGAGAAUGAUCGCAUCACAGAGAUCAACGAGGGCACGUUCCACUACCUGGAAGUGAGCCCCGUGACACUGGAUGAUGGCGGGCAGUGGAUGCUGAUGGCGGAAAAUUUUGGCGGGCGCAACUCGUGUCUGGGCACUGUAAAUGUGCUGGUUCCCAAGGCGUACAAGACGCCCGAGUUUGUGGAAGAGCUGCGAGCCGUGCUGACUGAGCAAGGAACUGUUUCGCUGGAGUGCAAGGUGGUGGGGGUGCCCACGCCGCAUUUGCGGUGGUUCAAGGACUCUAAGGAGAUCAAGGCUGGCGAUAUCUUUGCACUGACCGCCAAUGCGGAUGAUCCCACAUCGCUUGGAACGUACACCUGCGAGGCGAGGAAUUGCAUGGGCGUCAACUAUUCCAGCUCCAAGGUUCAUGUGGUGGGACGCGGCAGUCGGGAGGGUUCUCUCAAGCCAGCGGACAACGUAUCGAGCAAUGCGCCGCCUCCGAUAUUCACAAACGAACUGAGGGACAUGAGCAUCCACAUCGGCGAGACAAUCAUUCUCGGCUGUCAAGUGGUGGUGCCGCCCUGGCCCAAGAGCGUCAGUUGGUACAACACCGAUGGACGUGUGGAGACCGCCGAACGAUAUAAACUGAUUGAGGAUGGGCUGGGCGUUUACAUGAUCGAGAUAAAGCCAUCGGAAUCUUGCGAUGCCGGGGAAUGGAAAUGUGUGGUCACCAGCUUUGAAGGCUGUGUUGGCAUCUCCACUUGUUCGGUUAACAUGGACAUUCCCAGAAAUUAUCGCAAGCCGCGGUUUAUGGAGAGUCUACGCGCCGUUCUUACCGAAGAGGGACUCGUCUCCUUCGAGUGCAAAGUGGUGGGUUUCCCAACGCCAGUGCUCAAAUGGUUCAAGGAUGGCCACGAACUGAAGCCCGGCGAUGUGUACCAGCUGACGGGAACCAAUUCAUUGGGCACCUAUUGCUGCAUUGCCCGCAACUGCAUGGGAGAGACAAGCAGUACGGCUGUACUCACCGUAGAGGACAUACAGAAUCAGCUUACCGACGAGGAGCGCAUGGUGUUCACGCAACAGAACCAGGCACCCAAGUUUCUCACGGGCCUGAAGAGCACCGAUGCCAAAAUCAACGAACCCUUCCAGUUCAAGGUGGUGGUGAAGGCGACACCGGAUCCCAUACUGUCCUGGUUCCGGGAUGAGCUGCCCAUCGAUCCGAACGACAGAUACAAUCACUAUCGCGGGGAGAGCGACGACUGCUGGCUGCUGGACAUCAAGGCAGUCGAGUUUGUGGACCAGGCCGAAUGGAAAUGUGUUGCCGUCAAUGAUUUUGGCACCAGCAUCACCUCGUGCUUCCUGAAACUGCAGAUACCGCGGCACUACAAGAAGCCGCGCUUCCUCGAGUGUCUGAGAGCGGUGCUCACCGAGGAGGGAGCCGUGAAUCUCGAGUGCAAGGUCAUUGGCGUGCCCCAACCCGUGCUCAAGUGGUACAAGGAUGGGGUGGAACUGAAACCAGGCGAUAUACAUCGAAUCAUCUCUGGCCAGGAUGGCACUUGCUGCCUGGGGACGUACACAUGCGAGGCCAGGAACUGCAUGGGUAUCGUCGCCAGCUCUGCUUCACUGCUGGGCUUUGAGGAUGCCCAAAGGGGUCAGGGCAAGACCCAGAGCCAGAAGAGUGAAUCGCCGCUGCACGAAAACGAAUUGCAGCGAAACUACUCGCUCUCCACAAUUCAAGAGGAGCGCACAUCCCAGAUGUAUGAGACGCCCGUUGGCGACAUAACCAUUGACGAGAAGGGCGAUGUUUCAUUCUCCUUCGAUGGCAAAGAGGUAUCCGUUUCGCUCUACGAAACGCCCGACCUUACCGAGGAGGAGGCCCUCAAGAUUGUGGAAAUGUAUGCAGAUCAAAUAUCCGAGCAUGUGACGGAGCACAAUAUCGUUGAGCUGCCACCGUUGCGCUUUGUCAAAGAGACUUCACAGUCGGGCAAGCUGCUAAUGGAAGCUGUUGUCAUUGACAUAGCGCCCGAGUACUUUAGCCACGAGGAGGAUCUACGCACCGAGGCGGAUAUGGAUGACAUAUCGAUAACAGAGAUUACAGUGCACGGCUCGUCCGGAAGGGAGGGCAAGCUGGAGAAGGAGACGCAGCAAUAUGUGCAGCAGUCCUUUGAGAGAAUGGAGGAGGAACUAUCGCUAUCGGCGCCCAUUAGGAAGCGGAAAAAGUCACGACCCACGGAGACAGACGAGUUCUUCAGCCUGUCGAAGGCCUCGGCUUCGGGCAGCCAGGAAGGAGAGGAGGAGACAUCGGAUCUGCAGACCUUUGCCAGUGCGCAAAUGUCCACAUCGCAGAAGGUGGCCACCACCUCAGUCUCUAAGGCCAGUCCGGAGCAGGAUCCAGAGUCAUUGUCGGUGCCAAAGAGGAAAAAGUCCAAGAAGCCAUCAGCCGACAGUGAUUCUUCCAAGACCAACGAGGAUGAGGCCCGCCUGCAGGACAUCUCCGGUGCAGUGGGUGAUGGUCUUUUGAUGACUCCAAAAUCGCACCCAAAAGCAGUCACCGACGAGAGUGAAAUCAAUCGAAAUCUUAUGGGCCUCGUGCCACUGGCCAAGCUGCUCAAGGUAAUCGAGAAGCAUCUGACGGUAGUGGAGAACGAGGUGGUUGAGCAGUCCACCAUGAUGAUGACAGCGGCUGCAGCAGAUCAGAGCAUUGCCAUUAUCCGCAACAUUAUUGAUCCGAUCAAACAAAUUGAAUCGAAGCUACGCGUAUACUCUGGCGAGACGCAGAUCGAUGGCCUCAUACAGUCCAUGGACGAGGACAUACGCAAACUCCACAUGGGCCUGCAGGUCAUUGAGAAGUGUGUGGAGAUCGAUGAGACUGGGGCAACGCUUAUUCAGCGCACCAGUGUCUGCAUCAUUGACAGUGUGGCCGAUCAAAUGAAGCGGGCCCUCGAGGAGUUGAAAAUCGUCAGCAGGCGGUUCGAGUCAGAGUGCCUGAGGGCACAGAUAGAACUCACCGCCGAUGACAUACAGCAGGGACUGGACAUCACACAGGGCACCAUCAGAUCACAGGCACUGCUGCAGGAGGCACAGGAACUGGAGGCAGCUAAGCAUUUCACCGAAGCCGUGGAGAAAAUGCAGGAUGUGCCCGACUCUGUAUCCUUUGCCACCAUAUCGGAGGCCAAUUUGCCCAGCGAAGCGAGCGCCCUAAAGGAGAUUUGCCAGCCAGUGGCCAGGAUACAGGAGGCACUGGAACGUGUGGAGCUGGAGCUGUCGCUGGAGGAGUCAGAGGAGCAAAUCUACAAGAAAGUGCACCAGAAAGUGCUCGAAAGCAUUGUGGAGCCCAUCAAGCAGCUGCAGAGCACCCUGCAGUCCAUAGAAGACAAGACCGAAUCACUGGCAGGAACCGAAUCGAUGGAGCAGAAGAUCAAUAUGGCCAUCCUUGACAUUGUGACGCCGCCACUGUUCGAGCUCAACAAGGGACUCGAGGUGAUACUCAACGAGAAAUCGGACAGCGUGGAGGGAGGCAUGCUGACGGUAAGCACCGUGGAAUCGAUGGUGCCGCCCCUGCAAGAGAUUCAAAAUGGCCUGGCACAGCUGGGGCAAGAUCUGGAAAGUGGCCAGACCGUGAUGGCUGAUGCGGCAGAGCAGGAGCUCCGACCCGAGCCCGCACUGGAUGUCGCCGAUACGCAGAAGCUACUGCAGUCCUUUGCACAGGCAGUCUUGCAUUUUGAGACGAACAUCGAGAGGAUUUCGCCCAGACUCUCGGCAAAUGUGAAAAUUCGCUUGCUUAAUCUGAAGGAUGAGCUAUCGGCAUUGAUUGGCACCAUUCUGGACAGAGAGAUAACCGGACAUCACGUGGAGCUGCUCGACAGACUCAAGCGUCCGGUGGAUGAACUCAACUACUGCAUUCGCCAGACAGAGGUCAAGACUAUUUCCGGCUCGCUGGCAGAUCUAAUUGAACCGCUGAGCAUGUUGCAAGAUAACACCCAGAAAGGCCAUGGCCUGCUUCUUACAGCCCGGGAGCCUGAUCAACAGGCCCUGCAGUCGCUCGACAAUAUCAGAAGCAUCAUUCGCAACGCAGUCAUUGACAUUGAAGAGCACGAGUUUAAGAUUCUUCAGCAGGAGAUUCAGCUGGAUGAACAGCAGGCCUCGCAGCAGCAGCAGGACAAAUCGUUUAGCGCGCUACGGAAGGUGCUCGAGACAAAAGUCUCCCUGGAUGAGACCAUCGAAAAUCUUGAAACUCUGCAGGUGGCAUUAAAUAAAAUGAGCGAAAGCCCCAAAGCCACGGAAACUGUCAAGUCAUCCGCAAACGAAGCUCAAGUGUCACUUUUGCGGAUCCUUCAGAUUGCCAAGGGGCUGGCCACCUUCAGCGAGGCAGAGACAACGCUCGACGUGAACGAAGCCAACACAUCCAGAGUCCUGUACGAGUGUGGCAAAAGCUUUGCCGAUUUGGCCAGGGCACUUGAUAAUCCAGCAGCUCAGUCGGAAGGAGACUUCCAGAAUGCCCUUCAUCAGUUUAGCGAAAUCGUUGGCCAACAGCAGCAGAGCACGGAGGAAAAACUCAGCAUAGCCGGUCCGCUGUCAAGUCUGAUUCACGUGCUCGAAAAGGUACACCCCUUGAGGGCAUCUGUGGAAGAUUUAUCGGAAACAUUAGACGAUGUCUCAGUGCUAAAAUCGAUUGCAGAGUCAUUGCCCACGGAGCCCGAAGCAGAGCUCAUUAGCGCCGAAAAGCCCUUGACAGACGUUGGAGCCUUGCUCGCGGACCUAAACCAUGGAAUAGCCUCAGUUCUAUCCCAUUGUGAAGACGUUGAUGUGACUUCUCUAGCCGGCAAUGUUGGCCAACAGGUCCAUUCAGCCAUAAUUAAGAUGCAGGAACUGCAGAACAGCAUCGCUCUGGUGCAGGAGACAAACCUCGUGGAGGCUGCUUAUUCUUUGUCAGAUUCCAGUCAUCAAGGCACUUUUGCCGAGGCCCUUUGCAGCCUGGAGCGCUGUGUCCUGCAUGUGGAGGAGUGUAUUGCCCACAGUGGGGUCGAGAAUAUCAGUGAUCUGGAACUAUCGAAGCUUCAGACAUUGGCCACACCACUGCGUGAUGUAAGGGAAUACUGUGAACAGCUCGAUACCCACGUGCUGGAGCAGGCCAUGGAUAUAUCCACGCAGGAAGAUAUUUCGGACCUUAAGACCAGUGGACACAAGCACACCGUUUCGGAUAACAUCCAAGAGGUAGCUGUAGUAGAAGCAGAGCCAACGGUAGAGGUGUUCGAUAUACAGCAAGGUGUGGCGAGUGGCAUCAAGCAGCUCGAAGCCUGCCUGGUGGUCACGCAGACCGAUGCCAGCGAAGAACUCCAGCAAGUGGGUGAAAUAAUGGAGCAGCUAAAGUCCGAUCUGGAAAGCAUUCAAGCCUCCCUUGUGUCGGGCACCGAUCAGCAGGAAACUGUCUUGGCUCAGGCGAAAAUUGCACGCACCAUGUUCAAAUUGAAGGAGUGUCUAGUGCAUACCUAUGAAUCGGGACUGGUUGACUCUUUGGAGAAUGUGGAGAGUGCUUUCGAGGACAUACUACUCUCCUUGCCAGUAUUGGAGACACAAUUGGCCGAGGAAAUGUUUGGCAAAAUUGAGCAAGUCUUCAAGAACUUCGUGGCCCAUUGCCAGAGUGCAGAAGCAGUGGAACUCAUCUCCCUGAAUGCACCUAUUGGGAACCUUCUGCAGUCCAUAGAAACUGUGGCCGUUCAACCUAACGUUGAUGUUGAAAAGUCAUCUGCGGUAGUGGUUCAGCUUCAGACUAGUCUGAUGACUGCAUUUAGAAGUCUCAAUGAGGUUAGCGAGGGGGCCAGCAAUGAGCUAUUGGGUGGCCUGCUCAAAACCCAGAGCAGCCUAGUGACCGUCUUUGAUUUCAUUGAGAACAGCGAGAGUUCGAUUCGCAUUAUCGAAUUGCUUCAGGAAAUUGAUUCCAUUACUGGAGACCUAAAGGCCCUUUCUCUGAUUCCAUUCGAACAGACUGUGCCCAUUGACAUUGGCAUGAUCAUCGAAAACGUAUCGUCAGGUAAAGCCUUCCUAACAGAAAUCGAGGAGGGACUGCAGGCCAACAAACCCCAAAGCAUCCUGCUUCUCGACGAAAACACGGAGGAUAUUGCUCAGUUGGAAGCAACACUCAUUCAAAUUGAGAAAGAAAUCCUUUCUCAGCCUCAACUAACGCAGAUAACCGCACAGCAAUUCACUCUCAUAGAAACAGUGCAGCUGCAACUGAAUAAUCUGAAGGAGAAGCUAACGGAACUGAAUGUUUCUCUUGCUGGACUCCAAACAGAGUCCGAAUCGGCCCAGGAAUCAGACCUGAACGAAGAGAAAGAGAACCUUCGAGAAGACACUGAACCCGAAGCUAAGAAAGCAAAGGUUCUCGACCAACCCAUUCAGCCAGCUGAGAAGGAUGUAGAAAAAGAUUCCAAAAAAGUGGGCAUAUCUGAAGUUACUGACACCAUAGACAAGGUCAAAGAAAGCGUGAUGACUGAGGACCAACAAGAAGAAACUAAGAAAGAUGCUCAGACUGAGGAGGAUGCUGACAGCGGUCCGGCAGUCAAAUUGAAGGAGAAGUUCUUGGAUCUUACCCAGGCCCUUGCUCUCAACACAAAUAACGAGGCAUUGCAGGCAAUUGUGAUAGAAAGCCAAGAUAUUAUCGAGAAUCUCAGUGAUGUGGACAAGGUAGCCAAGUCCAUAUUUAAAUUAAGAGAGCACAUCGUUCAUACCUAUGACGGAAAGAAAGAAAAUGCCGAAAAUGAUAAGCAACUCGCGGAAGAAUUAAUCGAAGCCCUUCUAGAGGCCUGCCCCGAUGCAGCUGAGCAAUUAAUUCACAACUAUCUUAAGGAAAUUAAGACAAAUGUGAUUUUGACUAAAGCUUCAAUUCAGCUCAUCGACGAGAGCAACAUGUUCACCAAACCAUCCCUAUUGGUGCCGAAGCUAGUUAAUCUUGAACGGAUUUCUGAGAAAAUUCAGUCUACGCAACAUUUAGAUAAGUCAUCCGAGAAGAUGAUCAGCUUGCAACAGAAUCUAAUGGAUAUUUUCAUCAUACUUGACGACCUACUAGACGAGAAGACGGAAAUCUUGAAGCCAAAGAUUGAAGAUAUUAAGUCGAUUUUGCUCGGCGAGUAUGACUAUAUUGAGAAGAAACAAGGAUAUCUUCAUACUGCAAUUGUCCAUGGAAAAAUUCACAAUGUUACGCAGAAACUGUUGAGCAUUUGUGAAGAUCUGAAAGAAUUGAUCGGCAAACAAACUCAACAAAAAAAAGUAGAGGAAAUUUCUGAGGUUGAAGUUCUUACUGAACAGAUAUCCGAAGAAAAGGAUAGCCAAGAUAAAGCCAAGAUAGCAACGGCUGAAAACAACAAGAACUUAAGGAGAAAAAACUGGAUGAGCGGAAACAGAAACGAGCUGAAAAGGAUGCCGAAAAGGAGGCCCAGAAGGCAGAGGAAUCUGCAGUUGCUGCUGAAAAGAUAUCUGAACAAAAGGUUGAAGAAAGCCAGAAGGCUGAUGUCAAGGAUUCCGAGGCUAAAGCAACAAAAGCAAAGGCUCUGGAACAACAAGAACUUCAGGAGAAACAACUGGAGGAGAACAAACAGAAGCAAGCUGAGAAGGAUGCUGAAAAGAUGUCCCAGAAGGCCGAAGAGUCUGAGGUUGUUGCUGAAAAGAUAUCAGAAGAAAAGGUUGAAGAAAGCCAGAAGGCAGAUGUCAAGGACUCCGAAGCUAAAGCCAAGAAAGCAAGAGCUCUGGAACAACAAGAACUCGAGGAGAAACAACUGGAGGAGAGCAAACAGAAGCAAGCUGAGGAGGAUGCCGAAAAGAAGUCCCAGAUGGCCGAAAAGUCUGAGGUUGUUGCUGAAAAGAUAUCAGAAGAAAAGGUUGAAGAAAGCCAGAAGGCAGAUGUCAAGGACUCCGAAGCUAAAGCCAAGAAAGCAAGAGCUCUGGAACAACAAGAACUCGAGGAGAAAAAACUGGAGGAGAGCAAACACAUGCAAGCUGAGAAGGAUGCCGAAAAGAAGUCCCAGAAGGCGGAAGAGUCUGAGGUUGUUGCUGAAAAGAUAUCCGAAGAAAAGGUUGAAGAAAGCCAGAAGGCUGAUGUCAAGGAUUCCGAAGAUAAAGCCAAGAAAGCAAAGGCUCUGGAACAGCAAGAACUUGUGGAGAAGCAACUGGAAGCGAAAAAACAGGAGCAGACUGAACAAGAUGCCGAAAAGAAGACCCAGAAGGCCGAGGAAUCUGCGCUUGCUUCUGAAGAGAGCAAAAAGGCGGAGGUCAAGGAAUCCGAGGCUAAAGCCAAGAAAGCAAAGAAUCUGGAGAAGCUAGAACUCGAGAAGAAACAACUGGAAGAGAAGAAACAGAAGCAGGCCGAAAAGGAUGCCGAAAAGAAGGCCCAGAAGGCCGAGGAAUCUGCGCUUGCUGCUGAAGAGAGCAAAAAGGCGGAGGUCAAGG